UCUCUCCAAGUUGAAAAUCUCUCUCUAGAGUGGAGUGUGAAGAGUGAAGUGUUUCUGAAAAAUGGAAAAAAUAGAGCACACAACAGUGAACACCAAUGGAAUCAAAAUGCAUGUCGCAUCAAUUGGCUCAGGCCCAGUCAUUCUCUUCCUCCACGGCUUCCCGGAGCUUUGGUACUCCUGGCGCCACCAGCUUCUCUCCCUCUCCGCCCUCGGCUACCGCGCAAUCGCCCCUGACCUCCGCGGCUACGGCGACACCGACGCCCCGACCGACUCCUCAUCCUACUCCGCCCUCCACAUCGUCGGCGACCUCGUCGGACUCCUCGAUGCUCUCGCUGUCGACCGCGUCUUUCUCGUCGGCCACGACUGGGGUGCUGCCAUGGCUUGGUAUUUCGCCUUGUUCAAGCCUGAACGUGUCAUCGCCUUGGUCAACAUGAGUGUCGUGUUCCGCCCCAGGAACCCUAAUAGAAAACCCAUUCAGACCAUGCGAGCUUUGAUGGGGGAUGAUUACUACAUGUGCAGGUUUCAGAAUCCUGGGGAGGUUGAAGAAGAGUUUGCCCGUGCUGGUACUGCAAGAAUAAUAAAGACGUUUCUCACGUCUCGUGAUCCACGUGCACCUUCUGCGCCUAAGGAGAUAGGAUUUGCAGGUUUACCUAACACUUCUAUUACUUUACCUUCCUGGCUAUCCGAGGAAGAUGUCAAUUAUUAUGCCAGCAAAUUUGAACAGAAAGGCUUCACUGGCGGGCUAAACUACUAUCGCGCUAUUGACUUAAACUGGGAGCUCACAGCACCAUGGACUGGAGAACAGAUCAAAGUGCCGACCAAGUUUAUUGUGGGAGACCUGGACAGUACAUAUAAUAGUCUAGGUGCUAAGGAGUACAUACAUAGUGGUGCCUUUAAGAAAGUAGUACCAUACCUGCAAGAACUGGUUGUGAUGGAAGGAGUGGCUCACUUUAUAAAUCAGGAAAGACCAGAAGAGAUCAGCGCUCAUAUAUAUGACUUCAUCAAGAAAUUCUAAUCUGGUAUUUAAUAAUCUCAUGGUAAAUUAGAUAACCUCAUCAAUAAAACAUAAUAUGUGUCGCAACAAGGAUUUCUUUAUCAUGAUUUGGCUAAUAUGCCUAUUAACUUGUCUUCAUGUACAAAGCAAACUUGUCUUAGUGCAAGGUCUAAAACCCACCCUUUCCAUUA